AUGGAUGAUGACGAGACAGUUGAUGUGCUGAAUCUCCCGCAGCUCUACCAGCGCCCAUCGGCCUCGACGUUGCGCAGUGUGUUGGACGACUUGAGUCUUGUGCCGCCAUCAUGGAGCGGCAUUUCCGCACCCGCAAGACAGAAGAUCAAAAGCGAGGGCGUGCCUUCGUAUUUGACCAAGAUCAUUUCUAGCCCCCUGACCUGGAUUGAAGAUGAUGCCGAGAAGGAAGCCAUUUGGGAAACUGCGGCGCAGCGGCUGAGCGAGAGAAGUGGUCGCAGUGGAAUGGGCAACAUCAGCAGGGUGUUCUCAAUUCCACUCAAGCCUGAAUCAAACCUUGAAGACCUCGCCGCCCCUGCUUUGAAGACGAAGUCAUCGGACGACAGCACGAUUGAGGAAGACGCUCUCGAGAUCACGCUAUACGAGCCAGCAUUGUCAGAAGACAAUCUCGGCCUCAAGACCUGGGCCGCAUCAUACCUGCUCGCCAAACGCCUCCCACUUCUGAAAGCAACCUUGCCAGCUCUCACAUCAGACAGCGCAUCGGAGGUCCUCGAAUUAGGCUCCGGCACCGGUCUGGUCGGUCUGGCAGCAGCGGCGGUCUUUCAGACGUCUGUCCUACUCACAGAUCUGCCGGCCAUCGUCCCGAAUCUCGAACGUAACGUCCAGACCAACGUAGCAUCGAUCAACGCUCACGGCGGAAGUCUGCAGACCGCAGUGCUGGACUGGACGGAGCCUGAGCAACUCAUCUGCAACGACGCUCGAACCAAUGCCAAAGCACAUUCCUACCAACUCAUCCUGGCAGCCGACCCCAUCUAUUCUUCAGACCACCCAGCACUCCUCGUCAACACGAUAUCGUACCAUCUGAGCAGGAAUACUGAAGCGCGAGUCGUGAUCGAAUUGCCGCUACGAGAAGGCUACGCAAGCGAGCGGCAGGAUCUUCGAAACCGCCUCAUCGGCCUUGGUCUAAGAGUCCUGGAGGAGGGGGAGGAGGUCGGGUAUGACGACUGGGGUGCAAAAAGCGGGAAGGGUGGAGAAGAGGAGUUGGCGGAGGUGAAGUGUUGGUGGGGUGUUUGGGGGUGGACGCAUGCGUGA